AUGGCCGAACGAGCAGCGCCAACUCCGAUGGCAAUGCUCAUCAGCACAGCCAUACUUGCAGGUAUCGGCGGCUAUAUGAUUGGGGUAUUUUCGUCGCUUGGGUUUCUCCCCAUCCCGUUCCGGCCUACAUCUUCCAAACCGCUUGGAUCUCGCACUGAAAACUACGAUAACGAGGAGGAAAGCGAGGAAGAGGAUAUCGAUGAAACGGUGCUCGAUCAUGCGCCUGACUGGGGGAAUGGAACUGUGGAAGGCAAGAUUGCCGCUCAAUGUUCCCACGCCACGCUGGCAUGCUACAAGAGAUUCCUCCGCAAUGCUCCAGACUCGCCAAUCCUGCGCCGCUGGGAGAGGCAAGGCCAAGCCAAGGUAGCACUCCAAGUCAAAAGCGAAGAAGAGCUGGAAUUACUGCAGGCCACUGCCAGGAGCUUAGGCCUUGUUGCGGAGGUCAUCGCGGAUGCAGGUCGAACGCAGAUUGCCUCCGGGAGCCAUACAGUCUUGGGUAUCGGGCCGGCACCCAAGAGCGCCAUCGAUAAAGUUACCGGAAACUUGAAGUUACUAUAA